AAAAAAAGAAAGAAAAACUUAGCUGGAAAGGACGGACUGCCGGAAAGUAACUCAUGACACUACCACACUGCCACACUCCUGCACACUCUACUACGCAUAGUAAGGUUUAACGAAGAGCCGCGACAACUAUUAUUCCACGAACUUAAUUUGAUCUAGUUGAUUCAGUUAACCCAGUCCGGCGGGAAAUAGUCUGCGCGCUAGUCGAACAACCGAUCGCAUCACUUACGUCUGCACAUCAACCGAUAGUUGUCUACAGCUAUUUACCUCACAGGUAUCAGGUACAUCACACACACAAAUACAGACACAUACAUGCGAAGCGCAUAAACAAUUAGAAUGAGCGCCUCAACCGACCAAUCUCGGUUUUCGAAUCUUCGUUCUCAGGCUGAAAUCUUGGAUGGGGAGGAUGUACUUCGUCACUUAAGAGACGAAUUUCGAAUCCCCAGUAAAGCCGACGUCAAACGAACGACCCUCGAAGACCAGAGCCAGAAAGAAGAUCGUAAUAGUAACGAUCCCGAUCCCUCCCCAAUCCCAACCGAUGAAACGACGAGAUGUACAUACUUGUGCGGGAACUCCCUUGGAUUGCAACCCAAAAGAACGGCAACUCGCAUCAACCAGUAUCUCCAAACCUGGUCCACUCAAGGAGUCCAGGGCCACUUCAAGCCACUAAGCGACUCUCCUUUACCAACAUGGCUCGACGCUGACUCCCGAGCUGCCAAAUUGAUGUGCCCCAUCGUCGGAGCGAGUGAAUCGGAAGUGGCGGUCAUGCAGACCCUUACGGCGAAUUUGCAUUUAUUGAUGUCAGCUUUCUAUAAACCCGAUCCAAAUGGUAGACAUAAGAUUAUAUUGGAGAGCAAGGCCUUCCCGAGCGAUCAUUUCGCCGUACUGAGCCAAAUACGCCAUCAUGGCCUCGACCCAGCUACCUCCAUGGUGACCAUAGAGUCUCCUUACUCGGAGGAUUCUCUCAUCACCACCUACGAUAUCCAAUCCAUCAUCUCGAAGCAUGCGGCGGAUACCGCUCUAAUUCUGCUACCAGGUAUUCAGUACUAUACUGGUCAGCUGCUUGACAUCCCAACCAUCACCGCGUUCGCGCACAAGCACGACAUAUUCAUCAUUUGGGAUUUGGCGCACGCGGUGGGAAAUGUUCCACUCCACCUCAAUGAUUGGGAUGUAGAUGCCGCGGCUUGGUGUACGUACAAGUAUCUCAAUGGGGGACCGGGCUGCAUCGGAGGCAUGUUCAUAAAUUCACGUAAUAGCCUGGUUUCCACGACCAUAACCGAUGAACAACCCGAGAGGGGGUACGGAAAGAGACUUUCAGGCUGGUGGGGGAACGACAAGUCCACUCGCUUUCAAAUGGAAACCAAGUUCCAUCCGGUCAAAGGAGCAGCCGGAUUUCAAUUGAGUAACCCUAGCAUCCUCGAUAUUACGAGCCUGAGCGCGUCGCUUGAGGUUUUCGAACUCGCCGGCGGCGUGACAGCGCUCCGAGAGAAGUCCAAGAAGAUCACUGCCUUCCUUGAGCAGUCCCUCUCUGUCUUAUCGGAAGACGCUAAGAAGCUCUUCAGGAUCAUCACUCCAUCUGACCCAGACCAGCGCGGUGCUCAGCUAAGUCUACUACUAGCAGACAACCUCCUGGACCCGGUGAUGAAAGAGUUCGAGAAAGUCGGCAUCGUCGUAGACGAGAGAAAACCGAACGUUAUUCGAGUCGCCCCUGCGCCCUUGUAUAAUUCCUUCGCAGAAUGUGUCAUAUUUGCUGAGGGUUUCCAAGCGGCGCUUCUCGCGACACAGAAAUAGUUAACUAUACGUUAGUCCCAAUUGGUAUUAUAUCGGGAACUGUUUAUAUUAUUCGACCAUGUUGAGCUGGAUCUCAUUCUGUGAUUAAGGGGAAGAGACGCAGAUUAUUCGUAGGACAUGAUAUAGACCAGGAAGCGUAACGAUUCAAAUGAUGAUAUUCCAUUGUUUAUCUAAUAGAUAGAUUCAAUUUCUUGAACAGUGCAUCCUCAUUUUUUUUGGUCAGCAUUGAACCUGCUAAC